CAGCAGUCCCCCUUCAGAGCCCAAUCUAAAGGCCCUAAACCUUGACCCAAUUAAAAAAAAAAAUUCCAAGCUUCACAUCAGAAAUUACAAAAUUACAAAUCAUAGCCAAGCCAUUUUCAUUAAUGCAUGGUAAGCUAGAAACAGAUCACAAGACCCAUGCUUUCAUUUUCCACACUUCACAUCACAAAUCACCCAAAAAAAAAAAAAAUUACAGAAUUUAUCAAUUAUCAAACCAAAAACAAUACAACCCAACCCAAUAAUAGAAAUCAUAUAAGAAUUAGGAAAUUAACCCAAAAAAAAAAAAUUUGGGGAACGAACACAGAGAGGUCGAAGUUGGCUUGGCAAACCCAGGAAAUUUCACUCUCACGGUCUUACGAUGAGCGGUGACAGAUCAGAGAGGGAGGAAUGUUGGCUUGGCGUCGACGGCGGGGUGGACGUGGAAACGCAUGGAGGAGGAGUGGCUGAGUGAGAGUGAGGCCGUGAGGGUGGGUGAGAGUGAGUGCUUGAGGGGGGGCGACGACCAUGCGGUGGGUGAGACCAUGAGACUGUGAUAGUGAUGGCUUGAGGGAGGAGGCGGCUGUGACUGUGAGGAUGGAUGAGAGUGAGAGUGAGAAUGAGAGCUUGAGUGUGCUUCUAUGAGGGUGAGGCGCUGUGAGGGAGGCGAGCUGCUGCUGAACAAAUGAGGGGUUAGGGUUAGUUAUAGCUCUAUAUAUAUACACAGGGGCUUUUUUUGUAAUUUUAAUCGGGUUAUAUCCGGGUCGGGUUUCGGGUUUUUUGAUAAAACCCAAAUCCGACCCGGACCCGUUUCGGGUUUUUUUUUUUUAAACCCAUACCCGACCCUAUUCCUAAUCGGACCGGGUAAAACCCGGCCCAUUAGGGUCGGGUCGGACCGGAUACCCGCGGGUCGGGCAAAAAUUGCCAUCCCUACCAGGCACUGCCUCCAGGUCCACUUGCUAUCAAGUAUGUAGCAUCUUAGAUAGUUACCGUUUUACAUUUCCUCAUUAACUUUGUUCGCAUGGGAAUUAUGUAAGUAACUAAUAUGAAGGUUAUGUCUGUGUUGUUUGCUAGAUGGAAAGGGGCUAAGAUAACAACUGAACAUUCAAUGCACGUCCUACGUGCCUAUCGUGUGUCGCUUACUUCGCUACAACCAAAUCAGAUUGUCUGGGAGCCGUACAGAAAUUAUUUGGGUUCCUGCCCACAUAUUGUACGGCAGGCCAACACAUAUGGAGGUCUAUUAUGCCGCUCGUACAUUUUUGGGUGGUUGAAGGCCAUCAUCCUAAACGUGUUCUCCGACAGUUUGGGAUGAAGCAAGGCAUACCAGUUGAUGUUGAUACUUCAAUUGAACUGCACAAGAUAACCCUCCAGGGCAAGCACCAUCAAGAUUGGGCCAAAGUACAUGCCCUGCAUAUUGCUAAAUGGGCUGCGCACGCCACAAUUGCCGAUGCACCACCCUUUCAUGGGGAGAUGAGCUAUAAUGAUGAGUAUAUGGUGUGGUUUCGUCCCCGCACUGUUCGCCAUAUUACAAAAAAGACUUCGUACUGGGACACUUUGGUUGAAUCGCAGUUGAGCAUUAUAGCGAAGUGCGAACCAGGGUCUGAGAUCUACACCGACUCUAUUAAUGCCUUGCAAGCUGUUGAAGAGAUCGGUCGGUUAACCUUGGACCAUGCACGCGAUGUGGGCAACACAAGUGAACUGGCUGUAGGGCCUGGUCGGCAAGCAGGUGGACGUCAAGGGCAUGAAGGCCGUCAAUCUAGUCAGCGUCAUACAUCUAGUCGGCCUCCCACAUUUGGUCAGCGUCACACACCCGUGCCCACAUCUAGUCGGCGUCACACACCCGUGCCCACAUCUAGUCGACGCCACACACCCAUGCAUGACCACACCAUGGAGAAAGCAAGUCAGACAACAGAUGAGAUGUGUUUGGACAUUGCUUAUGACAUAGGCUCCAUGGCACAUGAUGAUGCGGGUCCAUCCCAUACGUUUGCCCAUGGAGACACAACUCGGUCGCCAUCCAUGAGGAGUGAUGGUACUUGCCCACCCACAUCCCCUAGUACAUCUCCGUUGCCCACCACCUGUACGUCUCCCCCACUGACUACCAGCCCUGCCCCCGCAAUUGUACAUGGUAGAGAUGAGAUGAGGUUCAUGCCCACUCCUGGGCGACCCACCCCUGGUGCUGUCCCCCCUGAGUUUGUGCAUACCGCGUUCAUCCAGACACAGAUACCCCCCCCCCCCCCCCACCAGAGCCUUCGCACAUUGAGGAUCGGUCGCGAAGGCCGUAACGGACACGGACACAUCCUUCUGACUGUGGGACUGUAUAUGGUACUAUACACUACAAGAAAAACGGGCUAUUGCGGCGGGCCAAAAGCGCCGCUAAAGGUCCAUUUGACCUAUAGCGGCGGGUGCUAUUGCGGCGGGCCAUCCCACCAGUGCUGCAGUGCCGCUAUAGGUUAA